AUAGUAUUUUGGUUUUCUUAAAAAAUUUAAAGAAAAUCCGCUCAAUAAAUUAAUCUCUAAAAAAAAAAGAAUUUUUUUGUUUUUCUUUUUGUUCAAGAAAAGAAAAUUGAAAAUUGAAAAAUGCUUAAAGCAUAUUCUUAGGUUUAUCUAUAAACAAUAUAUAAGGUGAAUACAGGACACACACACACACUCACUCUAUUCUAGAACAACAACAACAACAAUUUCUCGUUGAAAUCGAAAACACCAACAAAAACAUGGGCAGAAAAUUCUUCGUAGGCGGUAACUGGAAAUGCAAUGGAACCACUGAAGAGGUGAAAAAGAUUGUGACUACUUUGAAUGAAGCUAAAGUUCCUGGAGAAGAUGUUGUUGAAGUUGUUGUGAGCCCCCCUUAUGUGUUCCUUCCCUUCGUGAAAAGUUUACUUCGCUCUGACUUCCAUGUUGCUGCUCAAAAUGCCUGGGUUAGCAAAGGUGGUGCUUAUACCGGGGAGAUUAGUGCUGAAAUGCUUGUUAACUUGGAUAUUCCCUGGGUUAUUCUUGGUCACUCUGAAAGAAGACAGCUUCUAAAUGAAUCAAACGAGUUUGUGGGAGACAAAGUUGCCUAUGCACUUUCACUAGGGAGGAAAGUUAUUGCUUGCAUUGGGGAGACUCUUGAACAGCGUGAAUCUGGUAGCACAUUUGCUGUUGUUGCUGAGCAAACAAAGGCAAUUGCAGCUAAAGUAUCAAAUUGGGAUAAUGUUGUUUUGGCCUAUGAGCCAGUUUGGGCCAUUGGAACAGGAAAGGUUGCAACUCCUGCUCAGGCUCAAGAGGUCCAUGCUGAUUUAAGGAAAUGGGUUCACGACAACGUGAGUGCUGAAGUUGCUGCUUCUGUCAGAAUCAUCUAUGGAGGUUCUGUAAAUGGAGGAAACAGCAAAGAAUUGGCAUCACAGCAUGAUGUUGAUGGAUUUUUGGUUGGCGGUGCUUCUUUGAAGCCAGAGUUCGUUGACAUCAUCAACGCUGCCACUGUGAAGAACUGAAAUCCGUAGGUAGAAAUUGAUAUGCUGCUUUACAAGCUGCUUCGGAAAUUUCUGUUUGAGUUUUCAUUCUGUAUUUUGUGACCAAUGCUUUAAGCUUGUGUUUAGUACUAAAUAAAUAUUGUUUCCUUUUAACUCGUCCAUGGGCGAUGAAUUGGAUUUUUGUUAAGUUUCUAUGCAGAAAUAGUGUACUGCCAUAACAUUUGGUUAGUAAAUAAUUUCAAAUUGCCUGUGUUUUUUA